GGCUUAUAAGUGCAGUUUGUUGCGCCUGUAACACAUUCCUAACUUGAUUGUUUCUAUUGAAAAUUUUGAUUCUACCUGGAUCGCGGCUUUUUGUGGAGGAUCAUCGUACUAGUCACGAAACCUUCGCCCUGUCUCACGGUAAGAUACCUCUUCGUCAAAGCUUCAUGCUCUUGGAGGCUGGACUCCUUGUGCAAAAGCUGAUGACGUUCUUAUGAGCAUACACCACCGCCAUGCAUGACAACUUCUCAGCCGAAUGCCAGGUUCUGAAACGGUAGAGUUGGUGUCAAUAUAGAGAGGAAAACAAGCAUGCAAUCACUUCAAAGGCCAAUUCUUCGGAUAUAGCCAAGUUACUGCACAUUCUUUCUGGUGAAUUCACUGUUUUCUCCCACUCUAAGAAGAUAGAAGAUGUGACGAAGAACAAGAUACUGCAAAUUUGAUAGGUUGCGGGUGACUCAUUAUUCUACUCGUUCUCGUAAUCUCCAGUGUCUCCCCUGUCUUCCGAUAAACUCCUGCAGUAUUGUAGUUAAUUGGGCCUCGGACCGUCACAACUAAUGGAGCGUAAGACAUUGUUUUGUUCUGCAACGAAAACAAACCAUCAUAACCAGCAUUUUGUUAAGUUCUUGAGUUAAAAAAGGACUGGGGAAGACCGGCUCUCUUCGUGCAAUGGCUUCAAUAUCUUACACGUGGCUCACAUCAAGUACGGUGGCUAUGUCCUGUAGUCCACAGGCGUUGACGGGUUCCUGCAGACUGUGGCCAGACCGAGAUACAGGGCGUGUAAGUCAGGUAAACAUGCAGAACUUUGUGGAACUAUCCAUCCAAGACGAACCAACCUCUGGGACAAGGUGGGGGGGCUAUUUCGACUCCAGUCCCGACUCCUACGCCUAGAACGGCCGCCUCAGGGGCAAAAAGCGGAUCUGCCGGGAACCAAGAUUGGGGUCUGGAAAGUCUUCAUCAAAUAAACCGGAGUGAACGAUGUAGGGUGGGCCUCUCAGAGUGCCGUGCAGGUGACGUAAACAGCUUGUUUGCGGACCUUCCAGACACUCCGGGUCCGUGCACAUGACCUUGUCUGAGGCUGGUCCAUCACUAUCCGAUCCCCAGGGCCAAAACAUUGCAUUCCCAAGGGUGCUUCUUUGGGAGGGUUUCCGGAAGCCUAAACAUUAAAUCCCCCAUCUCCCGGGCGCGCCACGAAAUCCAUUAAACCUCCAGCCCACCACAGGCCGGCCACCCUCACGCGUACACAUUCCAUCGACAACAGCAUCGAGUUCACAACAGUCGCAGCACAGCACCUCAUGGACGCUGCUCCGACUACGACACAAUGUUCCACAUCGUGAGCGCCUCGUCGCCAGUGCCCUCGGAAAUCUUUGCGCUCCUUGCGCUGCUCGUCAUAUCUGUCAUCGUCCUCCUCAUCCUGCGCCACUACCUACCCCUGCGAACAACACCGGCCUUCUACCUGGUGCCCAUUUUCUUCGCAUUAUGGCUUCCUGCGUGUAUGGUGCUGCUUGUGCCCAUCGACUUGGCGUCGAGUGCUAGGACCGACGACGAGGCCACGCGUGGAGUCUGGCUCCCACAGCGGCUGCUGUUGGUAUCGUGGAGAAUAACGUACUGGCUGACAUUUGCCUUAACAUGGUUCAUCCUUCCUAUUCUUGGUGAAUACUCCGACUCGGGCUAUCGCGAACCAAACGACAGUCUGAUGUACUCGCUCCGUCAGAAUGCCCAGUACCAUGCGAUCGUACUGGGAACCGCUGGCGUUGGGCUUGCGUACCUCUCCAUCAGAUACAACCCAGGCUUCACGACGCUCAAGACAUCGUUCAUGGCACUCGCAUAUUUCUAUGGCUUGGUUUUCGCCAUUUACCUCAUGGGACACGGCUUGGUUGCGGUUCCUCGUCGACUAUUCCGGUAUUCGUCCAUCAGCGGGAGGCUACGCAGACUGCAGGUUCGUGCGCCAAAACUGUACGAAAAAAUGGAGGACUCCCUACUGGACCUGGAGGAUGUUGAAUUGCUGGUAUCCGAGCUGGGCCGCCGCAAGACUGGCAGCGCCGUCAAGUUCAGCGAGUGGAUCGAUGAGUUGGUUGAAACAGCCAAUCUGCCCGAGUCGCAGCCCCGAACGGCUGUCGGAUCUGCCGACAGCCGCGCACUGCCGACGGUUAUCACAAAGAAGUUCAUGGCGGACUUGUCGAGGAGACUGAUGCGCGCCCGUCAUGCCAGGUCUCGUUAUGUGAACGACUGGAAUGAUUUGUUGAAGGAGGCGUCGGACACUCAGGCCAUCCUGGACUCAGCCGCCUCGAAGAAGCUCGAGUUUGGCGCGCCUUCUCCCCACGCCGCAUUCUGGGAUCGGUUCACCAUCCACACACCUUACACACGAUAUGUGUACUACUAUCACUUUGAGCCCUAUGCAUGCAUUGCUCUCGGGGCCUUCCUCGCAGUGGCGUCAGCUCUCAUCACCUGGUCGGAGCUGAUCAAGGCAGCCUUCCCCCAACUGUCUGUUAUCCGCCUGACAGUCGUUCACCACUGGGUGGGUGACAAGGGACAGGUUGGAUUUGCCGGGCAGCUUAUCUCGGUUCUUUGGCUUCUGUAUAUGUGUGCUGCAACCUUCAUUACCAUGACGGAAGUCAAGACGUGGCGGGGACGUGCGCUUGUUAGACGCAACACGGCUUACGAAUCGGCAUUCUGGUACUCCGGCCAAGUCGCCAAGCUGAGCGUCCCUCUGUCCUACAACUUCAUGACUUUCUUAUCCAGGGACAUCUACGUGAAGACGCGGUUCUAUGCCUUCCUCGGACAACUCAUCGACUUUACCGCACUCGGCCGUGGGGCAGACUAUAUCUUCCCCAUCUGUGUACUACUUCCUGUCGCAGCCACUCUAUUUGGCCUGUACGGGAAGAUCAAGCGUAUGUUCGGCUUUGGCGGCGAAUUUAUCGACGACGACGAGAAUGGCGACGGAAGGGUCUUUGGAUCAGGCUCCUGGCGCGAGGGCCGAGAUCUCAUCGAGCGUGAGCUUGGGGGAAAUUCUGCCUUGAGACGCCGCGAAGAGGCCUUUGCUAGGCUCGAAGCAGCCGGAAGGUCUGCUCCCGUUCUGACCGUUCCUGGCGGACGCACCGGUGCCGCGUCAUCCCCGGCACGCUCCCCUGUUCGUGCCACGCACAACCGUCAUACGGGACAGGCAUCGCGCACCAGGCCGUAUCGCGACGAGGAACCUGAAGAGGACCAGAACUUUUUUGAAUCGCUGGGUCAUCGCAUGAAGAACACGAUGGAUACGUUUGAGCCCCCGCAAUGGUUCCAAGACAUUAAGAAGCCCAAGUGGCUCGGCGGCGAUGACGACGAGCCAGGCAGUAGCAGUGGUGGUGCUGCUGCUGCCACCGGUGGAGGUGGCGUCGAAUCCGACAUUCGACGCUGGUUUGGCGGCGAGGGCCGCGUUCGGUUGUGAAUUCAGCCAUGCGGUAGCUGAGACCGUAUUCUCUUUUGUCGUUUUGAAUACCACCACUUCCACGAAACCGGGGUCUCUACCAAGAGCUGGGGAGAACGCAUUGCUAGGAGUUUCGGCUUGAGUUCCCGCGCCAGAACACCGAGACAGAAGUUUGAUCAGUCUCGCGCGAAUUGCUUAUAUAGAUGUGGUUUAAUGGCCGAUGCGGGAUGCCGCGUAUGCAUGAGACAGAUACCUUUCAUAGACUUCUCGACAUUAAUAUCAGAGUAGUAGUAAUCGAUAGAUUGAAUUAUUGAA